CAUAGCCUAAACAACAGUUUAGCAGGUACACUUGGCAUGACUCUUAACGAGAUAGUCAUAGGAUUCAAACCCCGCUCGGCCCUAGACGUGAUUGCCAAAAAGAAGGGAACGAAGGUAUUAUCCGAAGCUCUUAACUACGCCAAAGAACGGUAUAACAAAAGGCACAAGCCUAUUACGUUCGAAGUAAGGGAUACCAGGGCGGGACCCUUUAAAGUCGAAAAGGUAAUCGGGCAACAAGCAUACAAGCUGAACUUUCCCGACGCCUGGAAAGUCCAUCCUAUCGUUUCAGUCGCUCAUCUUUUCAAGCCGUUAUAA